GACGUCAGAAGGUCAAAGUUGAAACUGGCUGUUAGGAAACCAGCCGGGUGACAGCACAGUAACAAACGUGCUGAAGCUUUUGCAGCACUGUUGGAUAACUUCAGCACUAGCGACGAGUCUUAGAGCACAGAGAUGUUAAUUUCGUCGUUGCGGACAACGAUUUUUUGCGGGUGCAGAAGUGCUGGAAAGGGCUUUCAGUACAGCACCCGUUCACCUCUUCGAAAAUGGCUCUUGAAGAGAGGUCACAGCACCGUCACAGUGGAGGGAGGAACGUCCACUUCAGCAGCAGCUUCUGUCCCCAGUGCAGCCUCAAAUCACAUAGUGGGUCGAUGGUUACUUGGCUGCAGUGGACUGGUGGUUGGGGCUAUUGUCUUGGGUGGUGUCACAAGACUGACAGAAUCUGGGCUUUCCAUGGUUGAUUGGCAUCUGGUAAGAGAGAUGAAACCACCACAGUCAGAAGCAGAGUGGGAAGCUGAGUUUUCAAAGUACCAGCAGUUUCCAGAAUUCAAAAUAUUGAACCAUAACAUGACUUUGCCAGAGUUUAAGUUUAUCUUCUACAUGGAGUGGGGACAUCGUAUGUGGGGCAGGCUGGUUGGCUUGGCAUACAUCCUCCCCACUAUUUACUUCUGGAAAAAAGGAUACUUCACUCGCUCCAUGAAGGGAAAAGUGCUGGGUCUUUGUGGAUUUGUCUUCUUCCAGGGCCUUCUGGGGUGGUACAUGGUGAAAAGCGGGUUAGAGGAGAAGCCCGAGUCUCAUGACAUCCCUCGUGUCAGCCAGUAUCGUCUGAGCGCUCAUCUCGGUUCUGCCUUGUUGCUCUACUGUGCCAGUAUGUGGACAGGGCUUACUCUGCUGCUGCCAGCUCACAGGAUGGCAGAAACCAAAAAACUCAUGCAGCUCAGGAGGUUUGCCAAGGGUACUGGUGGACUCGUGUUCCUCACUGCUCUUUCAGGUGCCUUUGUUGCUGGUUUGGAUGCUGGGCUUGUUUAUAACUCCUUCCCUAAGAUGGCAGAUAGAUGGAUUCCUGAUGAUCUGCUGGCCUUCUCUCCAACCCUCAAGAAUUUCUUUGAAAAUCCCACCACUGUGCAGUUUGAUCAUAGAAUUUUGGGGAUUACUUCUCUGACUGCAAUUACAGGCCUAUAUCUGUUCUCAAGGAGAAUGAUGCUUCCCAAGAGGGCUAAGAUUGCCAUCAGCCUCCUGGCAGCAAUGGCCUAUACACAGGUUGCACUGGGUAUCGCCACGCUGUUACUUUAUGUCCCCACUCCGCUGGCUGCAACUCACCAGUCUGGCUCAGUGGCUCUUCUCUCGCUGGCUAUUUGGGUUCUGGCAGAGCUUCGCAGAAUGCCCAAGUAAAUUUCUGCUGUUUUACAGACAAAAACCUAUCCCUGGUCGCUGCAGGUCAAAGUUUUAAGAGGUAGUAGUGAACUCGGCAUUGAGAGGAAAAACAUGAAAAAUGAGAAGAGUUCUUUAUUUAAUGAUGGACUUUUCUGUAUAUGCUGAAGCAUCUGUCCAGUGGGGUUUGUCAGCCCCGACUUAAAAAGCUCAAACAAUGUCACCACUGCACAUUGCAAUCUUUUUUUUUUUUUUUUUUUUUCCCCCAAUCAUGAGUAAUAGAAAAUACAACACAAGUUAAACUUUAUUUAAAUAAAGAUAAUAUUCCUAAAGAGAAAAACAAAAUCACAUUCAUUAAAUUCAGUUUUACUUGAGAUUUUUUCCACCGGUCAUCCUUGCCCCACUUGCUGUGCUCAUGAUACUUUACACAGGAGAGUCAUUAAAAAAAAAUGCAUCAAGGCCGUCAUCAGGAAUAGACUCAAAUGACUGCAAAAGCUUGUUGCUGUCAGAAGAAACCAACUUGUGAAGUGUUUUGCUGUGCCGGAAAUUUCACCAGAACAUGCACAAAACAAAACAAGAAAAUUUUCAGCUUUAAUAACCUGACAGUUGAAGGCUGUGUACAUGGUUUGGAGUCAGCCGGUUAUCUUCAGAAAUGUAGACUGAAUUACUGUUUUUGCUGAUGUUCACACUUUUAAAAAGAUUUUGGUUAUGAAAUUGUCACAUGAUCGGGUGAAUCUGCAUAGAUACUACUGCCUGUUAGUGGAAGGAGACCUGGCUCCUGGGAUGGUUUGUGUAAUUAUGUAUAUUUAAGUUGUAAACGUUUCCUGUUGACAUUAUGAUGAAUCAUAAUUUGAAAAUUACUAUGGACAUUGCCUAUUUCCCUUUUUUUGGACUUGUCACAGAUGUGGAAAAAACAGGAAUUUAUGAUGACUCUCCCAAAGCACUGAAAGUGUACCAGAAUGAACAAAAGCAGGUCCUCACUUAAGCUGAUAUACACUGUUUUUUUUCCUGCUGUGACAGGUCAAAAUGUCAAACGUUAUUGCUACAGGUACUUUAUCUCACUGAAAGGACUUAUUUUAAUAAAGACAAUUUAUGUAUAGUCUGAUAAAUUCA